AUGUUCGGGCCCGAAUCGGGGCACCUGGAGUCACAGGUCCUGAUAAUGCUGCUAUUGCUGCUAGCGGGGGUCGCUAGUAGGCAUCUGCAGCUUGCCUGGGCAUCCCGCACGGAGGCUGAUGACGCGGCGGUAUUGCUGACUCUGGCAGGUCCCUCACCACCCUCCUAUUUGAGCAGCUGGUCGGGUGUGGCGCCAUGCAGCGACGGCUGGGCAUGCGUGACCUGUUCUGGCCAGCGUGUGACGGCAAUUGACCUAUUGGGCAACAUCACACUGCCUGUGGGAGCACUGCCAGCCACCAUCAGCCAACUAGACGCACUGCAGCUGCUGCGGCUCGAUGGUGCCGGGCUGGGGGGGACGCUGCCUCCGGACUUAUCGGCGCUGUACAGUCUAACUUCCCUGUCCCUGUCGUACAAUUCCUUCACGGGUAUACUGCCGGCGUCCUGGAGCGCCCUCGCCAACCUACGGUGUGGCCGGAGGUCAUGGGGGCGGGCGGGUUUAGAUGCGACAAUGGCAUGA